GCAAAGCGCACAGUCGUCGAAAUCCUAGAGCAAACUCCUUACAGCAUCAGUGGUGCUUAAGGCAGGCCGCGUUCGUUGCAAGGGGCAGAGACAGCGACACAGCGACGAAUGUGCCACGAAAAUGCCCAAGGCGUAGUAGUCGAUGCACAAAAAGGCACAGGAAUCAUUGCACACAGCUACAUUUCCCCAAAGUCUAUUGUAUGUAAAUGGCAGCCCGCAGCAAUAUGGCUGCUGCAUUUGUUUAUCAGUUGCUUUUGUGUGCGGCGGCUGCUAUUGUUGUAAACGCACAAAGGCACACAGCUUCGGAUAAUCCCUCCACAUACAAUAUAGGCGGUGUAUUGAGCAAUUUCGACAGCGAGGAGCAUUUUCACACAAUAAUAUCGACGCUCAACUUUAAUCAACAAUAUGUGCCACGCAAAGUCACCUACUAUAAUAAAACCAUACGCAUGGACAAGAAUCCAAUUAAGACGGUAUUCAAUGUCUGCAACAAGCUUAUUGAAAAACGGGUCUACGCCGUUGUCGUUUCGCAUGAGCAAACCCUCGGUGAUUUGUCGCCGGCUGCUGUAAGCUAUACGAGCGGCUUUUAUUCAAUUCCCGUCAUUGGCAUAUCCUCGCGAGACGCAGCCUUCUCGGACAAAAAUAUACAUGUCUCCUUUCUGCGCACUGUGCCCCCCUAUUACCAUCAGGCGGACGUUUGGCUCGAGCUGCUCAGUCACUUUCUAUACACCAAGGUAAUCAUAAUUCACAGCUCCGAUACAGAUGGACGCGCCAUUUUGGGUCGUUUCCAGACCACCUCACAGACCUACUACGAUGAUGUCGACGUGCGUGCCACUGUCGAAAUGAUAGUCGAGUUUGAGCCCAAGCUGGAAAGCUUCACCGAGCAUCUCAUUGACAUGAAGACGGCACAGUCCAGAGUGUAUCUCAUGUACGCCAGCGCCGAGGACGCUCAAGUGAUAUUCCGCAAUGCUGCUGAAUUUAAUAUGACGGGCGAAGGUCAUGUGUGGAUUGUGACGGAGCAGGCGCUGCAUGCGAGCAAUACGCCAGCCGGCGUGCUUGGAUUGCAGCUGGAGCAUGCCCACAGCGACAAGGGACACAUUAGAGACAGUGUAUAUGUGCUGGCCUCGGCUAUUAAGGAGAUGAUUUCAAAUGAGACCAUUGCCGAGCCACCCAAGGACUGCGGUGACUCUGCCGUCAACUGGGAAUCAGGCAAGCGACUGUUUCAGUAUCUCAAGACUAGAAACAUUACGGGGGAGACGGGUCAGGUGGCAUUUGAUGAUAAUGGCGAUCGCAUUUACGCCGCCUACGAUGUUAUCAAUAUACGUGAAAAUCAAAAGCAGCAUGUGGUGGGCAAGUUUAGCUACGAUAGCCUGCGUGCCAAGAUGCGUAUGCGCAUUAAUGACAGCGAGAUUAUCUGGGGCGGCAAGCAGAAGCGCAAGCCGGAGGGUAUAAUGAUACCAACGCAUCUCAAAGUGCUAACCAUAGAGGAGAAGCCUUUUGUCUAUGUGCGUCGCAUGGGCGAUGACGAGUUUCGCUGCGAGCCAGACGAACGUCCCUGCCCGCUGUUCAAUGCUAGCGAUGCUACUGCUAACGAAUUCUGUUGCCGUGGCUAUUGCAUUGAUCUGCUCAUCGAGCUGUCCAAGCGCAUUAACUUCACCUACGACUUGGCGCUCUCUCCCGAUGGGCAGUUCGGACACUAUAUUUUGCGCAAUAGCAGUGGGGCGAUGACGCUGCGCAAGGAGUGGACUGGUCUCAUUGGCGAGCUUGUCAAUGAACGCGCCGACAUGAUCGUUGCACCACUAACCAUCAAUCCGGAGCGUGCCGAGUACAUUGAAUUCUCGAAACCAUUCAAAUACCAAGGCAUUACAAUACUCGAGAAGAAACCGUCACGAUCGAGUACUCUUGUGUCUUUCUUGCAGCCAUUUAGUAACACGCUAUGGAUCUUGGUAAUGGUGUCUGUUCAUGUUGUGGCGCUCGUGCUCUAUCUGCUGGACAGAUUCUCACCGUUUGGACGCUUCAAGCUGUCGCACUCGGACAGCAACGAGGAGAAGGCGCUGAAUCUUAGCUCGGCCGUGUGGUUCGCUUGGGGCGUGUUGCUCAACAGCGGCAUUGGCGAGGGCACGCCACGCAGCUUCUCGGCUCGCGUGCUGGGCAUGGUCUGGGCUGGCUUUGCUAUGAUCAUCGUUGCCUCAUACACUGCCAACUUGGCUGCGUUCCUUGUGCUGGAGCGUCCGAAGACCAAGCUAAGCGGCAUCAACGAUGCACGUCUGCGCAACACAAUGGAGAACUUGACUUGCGCCACUGUCAAGGGCUCAUCGGUGGACAUGUACUUCAGACGGCAGGUGGAGCUAUCGAACAUGUAUCGCACCAUGGAGUCCAACAACUAUGUGACUGCCGAGCAGGCCAUACAGGAUGUGAAGAAGGGCAAGCUGAUGGCUUUUAUAUGGGACUCAUCGCGUCUGGAGUACGAGGCCUCCAAGGACUGUGAGCUGGUCACAGCUGGUGAGCUCUUUGGACGCAGUGGCUAUGGCAUUGGACUGCAGAAGGGCUCACCUUGGACGGAUGCAGUAACGCUGGCAAUACUCGAGUUUCAUGAAAGUGGUUUCAUGGAGAAGCUGGAUAAACAAUGGAUCUUCCAUGGCAGUGUGCAACAGAACUGCGAGCUGUUUGAGAAAACACCCAAUACGCUGGGGCUCAAGAAUAUGGCAGGCGUGUUCAUAUUGGUGGGCGUGGGCAUUGCUGGCGGCGUGGGUCUGAUUAUCAUAGAGGUGAUCUAUAAAAAGCAUCAGGUGAAAAAGCAAAAGCGUCUGGACAUUGCCAGGCAUGCGGCCGACAAGUGGCGUGGCACUAUAGAGAAACGAAAGACCAUACGCGCCUCUUUGGCCAUGCAGCGACAGUAUAACGUGGGUUUGAUGGCAAGCCAUACGCCGGGUACGAUUAGUUUGGCUGUCGAUAAGCGGCGCUUUCCACGCUUGGGACAGCGCCUGGGACCGGAGCGCGCCUGGCCCGGAGAUGCAGCCGAGGUGCUGCGCAUACGCAAGCCGCAUGAGCUGAUGGUGAAGCCGCGUCCAGCACAGAACGCAUUGCCGCCGCGCUACUCGCCCGGCUACACUAGCGAUGUUUCGCACUUGGUCGUUUAAGUUAACAUUUAUGCCUUGGGCACAGAACAACGAUAUCCAAAGAUAUCAUAGUUAUAAUAUUAUAAACCAUUCCAUUGCUCAUUACCUGAAUUUGUACAUGAUGAAUGAAUAUUUGGCACUGGAUGCGAAUUGGCGCCAGGAACUCAA